AUAACAGUAGCGAACUCCGAAGACGUGGCGUUGGGGAAGCGCGGUGCUGUCUUGGACGUAUCUGCUAAUUGCUCCUUUCAUUGUAGCUGUUAGCUAAUUUUUAAAGCCAGAAUAGAGCGAUGCAUAGGCCCAGCAGAAACAAGCCAAAAUAUCACAUUAAAACAGCCGUCUGUUGUUUGGGGGUUUGUUUGUAGUUGGCAAGUGAUGGGCGCUUGGUAAAUGGGUACUCUGCAGUUUGAUAAAAUGUGCACGUAUUUAUCCGUGUCGCAGGUUUCCAACGCUACUAUUUUUAAACAUUGAUCACUGGGGGCCGAAGCCCCGUGUGUCCUGCACUGAAGUUUUCUCCAGACUCGAGUUCGAAGACCAGUGGGCAACAUGUCGAGCAAACGGGCCAAGGGAAAGACCACCAAGAAGCGCCCGCAGCGCGCGACCUCCAAUGUCUUUGCCAUGUUCGACCAGUCACAGAUCCAGGAGUUCAAAGAGGCCUUUAACAUGAUCGACCAGAACAGGGACGGUUUCAUCGACAAGGAGGACCUGCAUGAUAUGUUGGCCUCACUGGGGAAGAACCCGACUGACGAGUAUCUGGAGGCCAUGAUGAACGAGGCCCCUGGACCCAUCAACUUUACCAUGUUCCUUACCAUGUUCGGCGAGAAGCUCAACGGCACAGACCCUGAGGACGUCAUUAGGAAUGCAUUCGCCUGCUUUGACGAAGAGGGCACAGGUUUCAUCCAGGAGGACUAUCUAAGAGAGCUUCUGACGACCAUGGGUGACCGGUUCACGGAUGAGGAGGUGGAUGAGCUCUUCCGCGAAGCACCCAUUGACAAGAAGGGGAACUUCAACUACAUGGAGUUCACACGCAUCCUGAAGCACGGAGCCAAGGACAAGGACGACUAG